AUGCCGCUGCAGGACGACGCCCUCCGCGAGGUGUGGGCCUCCGACAGCGGCCAUGAGGAAAGCGGGAGCCCCGAGGUCCAGCGGCGCCCCAAGCAGCGACCCGCCCGGGGCCCGAAGUUGAAGAAGAGGACGGAGGCCCCUGAGUCCCCCGCUCCCACGGGACCCGCGCCCAGGAGACCCGGAGCCGCGCGGAGGCGGAGGCCGCGGGAGUCGCCCGCCCCCCAGCCCGUCUACACCAAGUUCCUCCGGGACCCAGAGGCCAAGCGCGACCCCCGAGACACCUUCCUGGUGGCCCGAGCCCGCGGCGGGGCGGAGGAGGAGGAGGAGGGCCAUGAAGAUGAAGAUGAAGAAGAGGAGGAGGAGGAGGAGGAGAAAGAGCGAGAACCCCCGCCUCCCAGGAAGCCCCCUAAGGAGAAGGCUCCGGCGGACCCGGGGGCGAGGAGGGCCGGGGCCGGGGCGCCGCCGGGGGACCCCGGAAGCCCUGUCCCCCCUCCAAAGCCUCUUCGGGUGAAGAAGAAGGUGCCAGCGGGGGAAGGGACCAAGACGAGGAAGACAAAGAAGAAAGGGUCUGGGGCAGCUGACAAGGACCCCCCGGAGCCCCGGGCGAGCUCGGCGGGAGCGCAGAAGGCCCCGGAGGCCCUGUUUCUGGUGGGGGACGAUGGCCCAGCGGGGAAGGCUCUGAAGAAGAAAGGUACUCCCAAAGACUCAGCGGAGGAGCGGAAGGAGGAAGAGGGGGAGGAGGAAGAGGUGGCAGCUGUGGCGACCAAGAACAGCAACCAGAAGGGCAAAGCGAAAGGAAAAGGCAGAAAGAAAGCGAAGGAGGCGCGGGCCACGUCCCCACCCGUGGGAGUGGGCGAGCCCCGGGAGUUCGUGCUGCGGCCGGCCCCGCAGGGCAGGACGGUGCGCUGCCGGCUGACGCGGGACAAGAGGGGCAUGGACCGGGGCCUGUAUCCCUCCUACUUCCUGCACCUGGACUCGGAGAAAAAGGUGUUCCUCUUGGCUGGCAGGAAGCGGAAACGGAGCAAGACAGCCAACUACCUCAUGUCCAGCGACCCCACCAAUCUGUCCCGAGGAGGGGAGAAUUUUGUCGGGAAGCUGAGGUCCAACCUCCUGGGGAACCGCUUUACUGUCUUUGACAAUGGGCAGAACCCGCACCGCGGAGGGGGCGGCGCCGAAGUGGGGAGCCUCCGGCAGGAGCUGGCAGCUGUGAUUUAUGAAACCAACGUGUUGGGCUUCCGAGGUCCCCGGCGCAUGACGGUCAUCAUUCCGGGCAUGAAUUCGGACAACGAGAGGGUCCCCAUCCGGCCCCGAAAUGCCAGCGAUGGGCUGCUGGUGCGCUGGCAGAACAAGACUCUGGAGAGUCUCAUUGAGCUGCACAACAAGCCACCAUUCUGGAACGAAGCCACUGGCUCCUACACCCUCAACUUCCAAGGCAGAGUCACGCAGGCCUCAGUGAAGAACUUCCAGAUUGUGCACGCUGAUGACCCUGACUACAUCGUGCUGCAGUUCGGCCGCGUGGCCGAGGACGCCUUCACCCUAGACUACCGGUACCCGCUGUGCGCCCUGCAGGCCUUCGCCAUCGCCCUCUCCAGCUUCGACGGGAAGCUGGCUUGCGAGUGA